ACGGUGCUGGUGCAGUGGCUUUCCUCUCGUGGCAGUGGGGACGGGGCCCCUCCUGGGCUCUGAGUGUGAAGGAGGGCGUGGGUGAGACCCAGCCGUGGGGACCCCCCUGCUUUCUUUCCCUGUAAGCCGGCCAGCGGGAAAGGGGCUGCGGAAGGAAGAGCACUGUCUCCUGCCAGGAUCUCGUUUUCUCUCCCAAACAGGAAGUUGGCCCCUGAAGAGGCUGAAAGUGCUGCCCUUUGACCCCGGGAGCCAGGAGCCAGGCUCUGCUGACAGCAGCCAGGAGAGCUGCUCACCAGGCCCGGCCCCGACCUGCCAUUCCCAGACACAGAGCAGACCCCGUCCUCGAGGCAGGCGCCUCCAGACUCCCUGGCACCUCUGGCGAGAUAGCGUGGAGCAGGGGCCCGGGCCAGCCCCUGUCUGUGGGCGGGCAGGGCGCUCCGAGAGAGUCAGUGAGAGGGCCGGCCCCCUGCUCCGUCUACCAGGGAAAUUCGAGGUCUCAGGAGCGGGGCAGAGCCACAGACACAGGGCUGGAAGGUCCUCGGGGCCUGGAAUUUGCGCUCCCUCCCUGCUCACAGCCCUUCCAUGGCUCCCCUCUACCUGCAGCAAAAGUCACCGGUGGUGGGUGGUGCCGGCGGCAGCAUCACCCCACAGAAGUGUCAGCUUUGGCUCGCAUGAUGCUUCAAAGAUUAUGUUAACACAUAGUUAAUGUUAGCAAUGGGAAGUUUUCUCAUGAAGAUGUGGGUUUCCUUCUCUUGAGAAAUCAGUACCUGGAUCCACGCUGGACUGGGAGGCCAGUGCUCCCUGGCAGGGGUCUCAGCCACCCCAGUGGGCCCCACUCUCUGCAGCUUUACCCUGCACCCAGCUCGUUUCUCUGACCACAUGGCCCCUGAGGCAUGUGAGUGUGUGUCCUCUGGCCCAGUCCAGUCUUCCGAACAGGUGGGGAACCUGAGUGACUGAGACGGGAGGCGCUGGCCCGCAGUCUCUCUCCAUCAUUGGCCAAGUACACAUGUCACUUGCAGGCUCCUCGUCACCGCAGGGUGACUGCCAAGAACUGCUAACGUGUAUUGAGCCCCACUGUGUGCUUGGCAACCCUGGGAGGCGGCACUGCCAUCCUCAUCUCCCUUUAUGCCGCAGAUGCAGAGCUCAGAGGGAGCAAGGAGCUAACCUGAAGCCACACAGCUGGUUAGGGGCAAUGCCGCAUUCCAGGUCAGCCAGUGUGAGGCCAGAGGCCACCCUCCUGAUUAAGACGUCCCUCUGGCCCCUGCCCUCCUCUGCAGACCCCCACCCCCACCCCCACCCCCCAGACCCUGCAGCUCCAGCCGUGGUGAACUCCUUUUUCUGCCACCCAGACCUGCACCUCCCCCAGCCCCCAGCCCUCCAAACCUCAGCCUGUGGGGUUCUUAGAGUGUAAGGGGGUUGUGUGCUUUGCUUCUCCCGCCCCACCAGGUGCUCCUGGAGGGCAGAGUGCCCUGGGCCUAGCCUAGCGGGCAUCUUUAAAGAAAAGAAGGCUGGCUGGAUGGAAGGAGGGAUGGGAUAGUAGACGGCUGAAGCCAGAACCGCCCCUCCCCCAGUCCCGCCCCACCUCAAUACCUGCAGGACUGGUCCUAGACGGUCUUUGUGCUGGUCAGCUCAGCAGUCGCCCAAUGCAGCUGGCCAGGGCCUCCUUACAGGCCUGGGGUGCCCAGACAGGCUGGAGAACAGGCUGGGCCGCAGCUGCCCCACCCAGCCCCUCCCCUGCAGCAUGAGACUGGGGGCCCUGGAGCCUGUUGGUGUCCUCGCUUUCCAGCCGAGGUCAUUUCUGCCCAGCCUAACUCUUGCCAGGCAGCCCCUGGGCUUCUCUGUCUUGAAAUCGAUGCCCAGGAGUGAGCCCCCUGUCCCCCAGCCCUCCAGACAAGCUUGGCUUCUAGACCCAGCUGCUUCCUGAUUGGACUUCUGGGAAGUUCCUGCCCCUCUCUGGGCUUUUGUUUCCCCAUCCAGAAAAUGAGGACAGUAGCAAAUGGGUUGUCUAAACCCACAUCCAAUAGUAUGACUUUACUCUUAGUACUAAUUUUCUGGCUUUCCCUUUGCUCUGCAUCGCAGCCAAGACCCUAGUGCCCUGUCUGCCUGGGGACCCACCAGCUGCCCUGGGCACCCGUCUAGGGCAGUGGGCGGGGGGUUGGAUGCAGAGGCAGCACCCAGGGACCAGCUGCGGCUCUCACCCCCACCCCCAUCCAGCUCCUCUGCCUGCUAAUUGUGGGGUUGCAGGAUGCCAGCUGCCUCCCAGGCCCCGGGUGGGCUCCUCCCAAUGGAGCAGGAGCUCCCUCCACAGCAUCCCACUCCUCCUGCAGCCCCACAGAUACAGCUGUGCUGGGGGUGGUCCCCACGGUGCUGGGACCCCCACCCCUCCGGGAGGCAGCCUGAAAAGGUGUCAGCAUGAAGACUUCCUCCAUGGCUUUCCAAUCUCCCAGGCUUCCCCCCAUCAGAGAGGAGCACGGGCUCUCCACCACUCAGGAACAGCCAUGGCUCCCCAUUGCUGGACAAGUCAAGUCUCACCCCACAUCGUGGCCCGUGGGUGCUCCAGACUCACCCUUAAGCACGUUCCUCAAGUGGCCUUGCUCUCAGGUCCCUGUUGCUCCAGGAUAAAGUCCAGACGGGCCGCUUGCUACGGCCUCUGCCUCCCCCACGGGCUUCCCCAGCAUCCUCUCUCUACUUGCCCUCAGCCAGAGCACCAGUGGCCUGGGCAACAGCUCCACAGUGACCGGGGCAUGCCUCAUCUCUCACAUCUGGACUUGAGCUCAGAGGGCAGGGGUCCUGCCUGUGGGAAUCUGGAUCUCCCGGGAAAGGACAGAGAGCAUCAUUCAGAGCUCAUGCUCACCCCUACCCCCACACCUGCCCCAUGGUGUCAUUUAACUUUCAUCUUCACAACAACCCGGGACGUGGACAACGGCAAGAUGAGGACACCCAGGCCCAGAGAGGGAAGGGACCUUCCAGGAGAUGAUGGGGGACCGGGAUUCAAUCUAGGCAACUUCAAAGGCCAGGUGUUCUCAGCCACGGCCCUCGGCCCAGGUCUGAGCCUGGUUUCAGGGCAGGGAACUGGUUAGUGUCUGUGGACAGGAGGGAGGUGGGAGGGAAGAGAGAGCCAGUGAUGGGGCAAAUGACCGUCCUCAAGCCCGCUUCUCACCCAGCGCCCCACUCUGUGCUCUAACUUAUGCAGGUCGGAGUCAGGAACCUCAUUGCCUAGAGCAGCCAAACGAUGUGGAUUCACCUACACGCCUAACUAAGCUCCAGCUCCCUGAGCCUCAGUUUCCACAUAUGAAACGGGUGCUGUGGGGAUCAGAAAGGACAUUUGUCAAGCCCUCAGCGUGGGGUUCAGCACCCAGCACUACUGUUGUUUUUCCACCUUUGUCCAAGGACACCCGUCACAUCUGCGCGGGAGACCAGUUGCCCAGGCAGGAAAAGCGCACUUGUCCACGCUGGGGUGGGAACCUUCAUCCAGGAUCCGCCUCUGCCUGCGUGGACCAUCCCACCCAGCCACACUCCGCCCUCCCUGCCCCCACCCCAUCUCAGAAACCUCCACCUGCUCACUCACCCAGUUGCCCAAGUAUCUUCAUUCCAGGAUGGAAUGGCAUUUGGGGGGAGCGCUGGGAGAGCAGAGGCACCUUCGUCUGUUCCUGGACCACCACCUGCUCCCCAACUGCCCCACCCCAUUGGCUGAUAAAUUGGAGUUAGAUGCGUAACAGAGUCCUUUGGGAAUUUGGCUGGUGGGCAUCCCUGAUCAGAUACAGUUUAUCUGAUGGCCCGAUCCCCGAGGGGUAAACUGAGGAAGCUGCCAAGCUGAGAGGAAUAGAGUCACAGAGAAAACAGGUGCCACGCCAGGCAGCCUGCCUCUCUCCUUUCUUUCGAUGCUCGUGACAGCCCAGUGAGGUGAACCCAGUUGUUAUCCCGCUUUACAGGUGAGGAAACCAAAGUGAAGCCCCUCCGCAGCUUCUUGAGGGCUCACAGCAACUAACCGGCACGAUCUGAAAGGGGCCACCGCUCCCCCGGGUGGAUGCUGGUCACCAGGGCACCAGCGGCUCCUCGUGGACUUUGAAUGUAACUCACGCCCCUUCCCGGCCUCCGGGGCCCCUGGAGAUCCGCUGGCGUCUUUUCACAGCUUCGUCCCCACCGUCUCCCCUCGCUCACUGUCUUCCAGCCCGCUGGCCUCCUUCCUGCUCCAACACCCCAAGCCCGUUCCUGCCUCGGGACCUCCAGGCCCGCUGUUGCUUCUGCCCAAAAAGUCUUUCCCUCCUUCCCCUCCUUCCCUGGCUCCUCUAGCCACACAGAUGUCCCCUCUCCUGUGUCCAUUAAUAUUGGUCCCAGUCCCUUGAUAUUGAUUUUUCCGAAUGGCUUCUUUUUUUAAAAUUACCUAUUUAUUCGCCCGGCUGGUGCUGACUUGCCGCUCCCUCGCUAGCCCGUGAGCUCCCUGAGGGCUAGCAUUUGGUCCUAAGUUGUCACCUCGGUCCUGCUAGCACCUGUGCCUGCCACACAGCAGGAGCUCACUAAGCGUUUGAAGAAUGAAUAAAGGAGUGACUGGACAAGCGAACGAAUGAACGACCUUCCGUGCUCUGUCUCAGUCCCAGGGGCUCAGGGACCAUUAAUUUUUUUAUGGACGAUCAAACCCGGAUAGAGUGGAAGGACCACCGCACACGGCUGAUUCCAAAACAGUAACCAAGGCGCCAGGGACGAACGCCUGGGGGUCAACCAGGAGAGGAGACAUGGCCGUGGAGCUGGUCUGGGCUCUGGAUGCUGGGAGGAGGGGAAGCCCCUGCGUGUCCAGGACACACACGCCCCUGCCCCCCACUCACUGGACAGCCUUCGCAGAAGGAGGAGCAGCAGGAGGUGACAGCUCCCCAAGGGAGCCCGCUGCAGAAGUCAGGACCCCUGGGGUCCUCCCUUGCCCCUGGUGGCCAGUUCCCCUCCACUCCAGGCCUCUUCUCUCCCAUCUGUCCCUUGCAGGGUGGGCCUAGAGGUGGACAAAGAAGAGCAGGUGCGUGGGAGUGAGGACCUCUAGGUUCUGCCCCUUCACCUCUCUGGGCCUCUGUUUCCUCGUCCGUCCAGUGGAGGUGACACUGGCUCCGGUCUCUGUGGGGAGCUUUACGGCUGCACAGAGCCUGGUGCACAAUUGUCAAUCUCAGCAUUCUCCUGGCUCUGCAGGCAGCCUCACAUCUACACGCCUCUCCCCGCUGGGUGACCUUGGCCACCUCCUUUCUCCUCCCUCUGGGAUGGCUCUCCAUUCAUGAAUGGGCAUCUGUGCUCUCCUGCAAGGCCUGUAGCCGCGGAGGCGUCCUGUGCACACCUGGCAGACAGGUCUCUGGUCAUCUGCUCCUCCUCCACUGCAUGCUUCCAUUCCAUCAGCCUGACAGGCAGCCGCGGCAACGAGCCCCUGAGGGUCCUCGGCUGCAGCCGCGAUGGGCCAGGGCUGGACUGCUGGGCCCUGGCCCUUUCGUAAUUGCCUCGCCCGUGACGGGACUCUCGCACUUCCUCUCUGCCCCUCCAUGCUCCCGACACCUCUUUUCUGGAAGGGAGGACUAGCCAAGCAGGGCUGGCUUCACGGACGUGUGGCCUGUGCAGUGACUCAGGGCCCUGUACUUCAAAGGACCCGUGCUUCGAUUAAUGGUCUGUUGUCACCAUCUUGAAAUUAUUAAUAAUUUUAAAGGGAGUCCCACAUUUCCAUUUUGCACCAGGCCCUGCAAAUUAUGUAGCUGGUUUUGCAGCCAAGAGACAGCUCUGCUUCAGGAAAUGGCCAGUGGGUGGGUCCCCAGGGCAGAGCGCCCUGCCUUUAGCCGUCACCAUCCCCCCAAAGGACUGGCCUUAUCCCCACAUCUUCCCCCGCUACCUUGCCCAGGUACCCCAGCUCGGAAGCCCUUGGCUCCCAUCUCCUCCCCACGGGGCCUCCAGGGGACAGGCAAAUUAGUGACGAGUGACUUCUCCAGGCAUUGACUUCUCUACGUCUCAGAUCCUGGGGACGGGCUCAGAGGAAGGCCCGGGGGUCCUCAAAUCCCUGUGUUUCCCCCAGACGGGUACCACUCGCAUCAAGUGGAAGCACGGAGGCCGCAGAGCAGAUGAGGUUCAAAUUCAUUUAAACGAUCUGUGGAAUUCGUAACAGCCCUCAGUCAACGUGCUUUCUUUUCAGGCAGCGGAUAUUAAAGGUACAACUGCUUUGACCUCAAGGGCGGGGAUGGAGAGCUUUCCUCCAUCUGCGGCAUCCGGCACCCUCGAGGGUAGAAAUCCCCGCAGGGCACCCGGGAAAAUGCUGCAAGACAAGGACAGUUAACUCUGAGAACUGUGUUCUGAGGAAGUCUGUAAGCGCGCCCGCGCAAUAUCUAAGUGUGGGGGCAAAGAGCCACAUGAGUGCUUCGUGGUGGCAUUGUUUACAAAAGCAAAAAUAGAGACGGCUCAAUGGCCUGCGGCUGGGGCUGGUUAAAUAAAUGACAGUGCAUUUCUCCAGGGGGUUCCGGACCAUCAGGAAAACCAGCCUCGUUCAAGAAGGGGGUGAGUGAAACAUCAGACUGAAUAUGGCUACAGCGUGGGCUUGGUUUCCUCUCUGUGUGUGUGGAAGAAGCGACGGCAUGAUGUCAGGCUCGGCUCGUUGUUUCUCUUCUUUCUUCUCCCCAACUCUCCAGGCUCCCGGUGGCCAGUCAUCGAGGAGUCAGGGACGCUUGACUUUCUGAGCGUCUCUCAGACCUGUCCCCUGCCACCACCCCUCUCACUAUCCAAGCUACACUACCUCUGUCCUGUUAGACUUGCCUUCACUUCCUGUCUUGCUCCCCACAAUUCCAGUGAGGCCCUCCGUCUAUUCUCUAAGGGCUGCCAGAAGGCUUCUUUCAAAAUGCAUGUUGGAUCCUAUCCUCUUCCCUGUUUAAAACGCUUGACUGUCUCCCCAUUACUCUUAAGAUGCCGAUCAAACUCUUGAACUGGACUUCAAGACUCUUCACAGCCAGCCUCACUGAGCACCACACUUCCCCUCUUCCCUCUGCAUUCCAGGCACUCUGGCCUUCUCCCACACAUGAUAUACAGAACAGGAUCUCUUCUGCCACAGGGCCCUUGCACAUGCAGUCCCCCAACUCAGAAUACUCUCCAUCCCCUCUUUACCUAGUUAACUCACACUUUUGCUUUCACCCUAAGAGUCACUUCCUCAGUAAGCCUUCCCAGAUGGGUCAAGUCUCCCCAAAUCUCUUCUAGCACCACGUAGCCCUUUUCUCUCCCUCACAGCCAUUCUCGCAGUUACACCUGCAACUGUGGAGUUCUUAGAUCAGUGCCUGUCGCUUUCACUAGAGCAUGAAUGCCUCAAGGGCACAAGCUGUUCUUAUUGACCACUGUGUCCCGGUGCCCAGUGCCUGGCACAGGGUGGGUGCUCAGAUGUUUGUUGAAUGAAUCAGUGAAUCAGUGAGGGAGGGAAGGCUGGCCCAAGCACCUGGCCUGCCUUCCCUGCUGGCUGGCACACUUGUCCAGGGAACAGCUUGUCAGACCUGCUGUUAGCAUAUCCCAUGUGUGCUCAGGAAGGCAGCCCAUGGCCUGGAGAGAGCCGUGCACUAGGAGGUGGGGUUGAAAUUUCACCUCCUUCCUGAGAGCUGCUCUCUGCAGCCCUCGGAAAUCGCCCCUGGCCCGGCCUCCUUCGGAGGAAGCAGAGGGAGCAGGGGCCCCAUCUCCUUCCUCUCCACCUGCCUCCUGGUCAGUCCUCUUUGAUGGGAAGGCUCUCAGGGAGGCUGGUUUGUGUCACUGUCGCGCUGGGGGAGGAAGACAGUUCAGUGCCAUGUCUUAACUGGCGGACUGACCUGGAUCUCAGUGCUCCCGUGCACGCGGGGGCCUGGGACUCUGGGAAACGCCAGCUUCACAUUUGAAAAGAGCUCAGCAAUUCCAUGGCUGCGGUGGAGCUGCCCGGGUUCUGCGGAUUCUCACGGCCCGGAUUUCAUCUCCUAUGGCUCUGGCUCUGGCUCUGGCUCUGUCCAGCCUGCCCUUUUCCCCAGAGCAGACCGGGCGAGAUGGGAGCAGCGAGGACUUGCAGGAGGGCCCCCGAGGGACUGACAUGGACUAGGAUCCCCGUUCUUCUAGAUUAUGUCGAGGCCCCAGGGAACGGAGACUCCAUGGUCCCCAGUUCAAGUCCUGGGGUGGCUGUGUCAUCUUGGGCAGAUUCUUCUACUUGCUGGCCUCAGUUUCUCUACCUGUGAAAUGGGGAUGGUGAUGUCUACUCUGGAUUGCUACUGUGAGGGUCAAUAGACCAGCACGGUGUUUCCCCAAGUGUGGACUCACGGCACGUGGUAGACCCAGGGAUGUGGGUGGCACUCCGCAAGCCAGCCCUGACCAUCCCAGGGUCGCACUCUGAGGAAGCCACUCCGUUUUCACUUUCCUUCGCAUCCUCGACAGUUGUCCGGGAGAAAGUCUCGGACAGGUGGAGCGAGGGUUACCACCUCCACCACUUGCUGAGCUCCUUUUGAACACAAGCCGUACAGGUUCUUAGGCGGACAGUGUUAGCCAGCACGCGAUCAUGCAUUUGUUUUAUUUUCAAGGUAUUUUUUAUAUAGCUUGCUCUUGAAGCAAAUAGAAAAAUGUGGUUGAUUUAAAGAAAAAUAUUGAGCAAAUAAUAGUGCAGGAUGUGCUUGAAUUCCACAAAAAUCACAGAGUGGCUGGAGUGGCUGGGGCUUGGGAAAUACUGUGAGAGUGUGGGUGGAAAUACUUUGAAAACUGUCAAGUGAUGUACAAACAUGGAUGGGAGGGGGCAGGGACCAGAAAGAUCAACGCCAGAGAAGGCUUUGCAUUUCCUGGGAGAAAGGCCCAGCCUGAGGGGCUGGGGCCAGAGAGUAUUGUUAAUGACUUAAAAGCGGUAACAUGGGUCGGGGGGCCGUGGCCGUGGCUGAGUGGUUAAGUUCAUGUGCUCCGCUCCGGCAGCCCAGGGUUUUGCCGGUUUGGAUCCUGG